AUGGAAUCACGCGUCUUGUCACGUGUCACCACUAUCGCUCACGUGCGCAGGCCACUGCGGGAGAGCCACAGCAACACUAGUUGCAGCUUCGUCUCGAUCAAACCGAUCGGAGCAGUCGGUGAAGGCGGGAAUCUGAUAUGGGGAAGACAACUGCGGCCAUCACUGCUUCUAGAAGCAUCUUCUCCAGUGACCGCAAGGAAGGAGAUUCUCCGCCCGCUAAUGGCAGCAGCGUCGUCUCCGGCAGAAGGAAGUGAUUCCUCCGGGGAUGGGAAGGUCGCUCCGGUUGGGUUUUUCAAUAAGUAUCCGGCUCUGGUUACGGGUUUUUUCUUCUUCAUGUGGUACUUUUUGAACGUGAUAUUUAACAUACUUAACAAGAAGAUUUACAAUUACUUCCCUUAUCCAUAUUUGGUGUCGGUGGUUCAUUUGUUUGUUGGAGUGGUAUACUGUUUGGUGAGCUGGGCUGUGGGCCUUCGUAAGCGCGCUCCUAUGGACUCAAAUCUCCUGAAGCUGUUGAUUCCUGUUGCUGUCUGUCAUGCAUUAGGCCAUGUAACCAGUAAUGUCUCAUUUGCAGCGGUUGCUGUCUCCUUUACUCACACAAUCAAAGCACUUGAGCCCUUCUUCAAUGCUGCUGCUUCUCAAUUCAUAUUGGGACAGUCAAUACCUAUAUCUCUUUGGCUAACACUUAUGCCAGUCGUUUUGGGUGUGUCCAUGGCAUCAUUAACUGAGCUCUCAUUCAAUUGGACGGGCUUUAUUAGUGCUAUGAUUUCCAACAUCUCCUUCACUUACAGGAGUAUCUACUCAAAGAAAGCUAUGACUGAUAUGGACAGCACUAAUCUUUAUGCUUACAUUUCCAUAAUUGCGCUCAUUGUCUGCAUUCCACCUGCCAUUAUUUUGGAGGGACCUCAACUGAUCAAGCAUGGCUUUAAUGAUGCAAUUGCUAAAGUGGGUCUAACUAAGUUCAUCUCGGACCUCUUUUGGGUUGGAAUGUUUUAUCACCUCUACAAUCAGCUGGCUGUCAACACCUUGGAGAGGGUUGCACCUCUUACACAUGCAGUAGGCAAUGUGCUGAAACGUGUGUUUGUGAUUGGCUUUUCCAUCCUAGUCUUUGGCAACAAAAUUUCAACACAAACUGGUAUUGGAACAGCCAUUGCAAUUGCUGGAGUGGCAGCCUAUUCUUACACCAAGGCCAAGAUAGAAGAAGAGAAACAAGUGAGUUCUGUUCUACAAUACUCCAGCAAACAUAACAAGCGAAAGCAGCAUGAGAAGGAAAGAAGCAUCAGCUGUGGGGGAGGAAACCUUGUUUGUAAAGUCAAAUUCUGCUGUUCCAAAGAUAAAAAUGACAAAUUGAGUAUCCUGUUGUCAUUGUGA